AUGGUUCCCCUCCUCUUCUUUCUCUUCCUGUUCUCCUGGUUUCCCCCGGGGAAGCCUGAUCUAGAGUCGGACAAGGCGGCUCUGCUGGCAUUUCGCGACGCCGUCGGCAGAUCCGUGCUGCAGUGGAACGCGUCCUCCUCCUCGCCGUGUUCAUGGCAGGGGGUCACCUGCCAGGCUGGCAACGUCUCCAUCCUCCGCCUCCCCGGCGUGGGGCUCUACGGCCGGAUACCUGACGGCGCGCUCGGCAACCUCACCGGCCUGCGGACUCUGAGCCUCCGCUUCAAUGGCCUCUCGGGGAGGCUGCCGGCGGACCUGGCGGCCCUUGGGGAACUGCGGAAUCUCUAUCUGCACAACAACCGCUUCUCCGGCGAGAUCCCUUCUUCCAUUCUCUCACUGCGGAACCUCGUCCGGCUGAAUCUCGCCCAAAACGCGUUCGCCGGCAGCAUCCCUGCCGGGAUCGGGAACCUGAAGCGCCUGCGCACCCUGUUCCUCGAGGGGAACCAGUUGACUGGCCAGAUCCCCGACUUCAAUCUCACUCUGGACCAGUUCAACGUCUCCUUCAACCGGCUCAAUGGCUCGAUCCCUAGGAGCCUCCGGACGAUGCCGGGCAGCGCCUUCUUCGGCUUGGAUGUCUGCGGAUUGCCCUCCAGUCCUUGCCCCGACGAGGUCCCCUCGCCAGCGCCUUCUCCUGUUGAACCGACCCCCCCUGACGAUGGCGGAAACAGGAAGAAGAAGAAACUGUCCGGUGGAGCGAUCGCCGGCAUCGCCAUUGGCUCCGUCGUUGGGUUCCUGGUCCUCUCACUGCUGCUAUUCUUCCUUUUCUGCGGAGGAAGGAGGGAGAACAGGACGAGGUCUGUGGAGGUUGCUGCAUCUCCGCACUCGCCGGGGGCGGAGGCAUCGACGAGGACCAAAGGGGAUGCCCCCGGAGGAGGCGGCGCCGCCGCAGCUGCUGCUUCCGCGGCGGUUGCUUCAGCAGCGGUGGUGGCGGCGAGGGGAGAAUCGAACAGCGGCGCGAGCAAGAAUCUGGUGUUCUUCGGAUCAGAUGCGAGAGUAUUCGACGUGGAGGAGCUGCUCAGGGCGUCUGCGGAGGUGCUCGGGAAGGGGACCUUCGGCACUGCCUACAAGGCGGUGCUGGAAAGCGAGAGGGUGCUGGCCGUGAAGAGGCUGAGGGACGUCGAGCUCCCGGAGCAGGAAUUCAGGGCGAAGAUCGAACCCGUCGGCGCCAUGGUCCACGGUAAUCUGGUUCCCCUUCGAGCCUACUAUUACAGCAAGGACGAGAAGCUCCUCGUCUACGACUUCAUCUCCGAGGGUAGCCUCUCCUCCCUCCUCCACGGUAAGCCCCUCCAUUCUUCCUCUUCUUCUUCCUUUCUUCUUCCUCUUCCUCUUCCUCUCACCUUCUCCCUCUCCCUCUUCAUCUUCCUCUUUUCUCUUUCCCUCUCUCUCUUCAUCUUCCUCUUCCUCUUUUCGUCUUCCGCUUCCUCUUCUUCCUCUUUCUCUUCCUCUCUCCUUCCUCUUCUUCUUCCUCUUUUUCUUCCUCUCUUCGCGUUUCUCUCUUCCUCUCUUCCUGUCUUCCGCUUCCUACUUUCCUGUCUUCUCUUCCUGCUUAAGAUCACUACUUCCUGGUCUUCGACCUCCGGGAAUUCCGUCGAACGGUUCCGAACCAGUCGGAAUUAGACAAACCGGAGCAAGAAUCUAUCGAAAACCAGGGAAGAAGGUGGAUUCUGAUCGAUCGAUCGAUGUGUCGACUAUUUUACAGGCACCAAAGGAACCGGGCGUCCCCCGCUGCACUGGCGGACGAGGGUGGAGAUCGCUCUCGACGCCGCCCGCGGCGUCGCCUACAUCCACUCCACCUCCCCAUCGGCCUCCCACGGUAACCUCAAGUCCUCCAACGUCCUCCUCCUCUCCGGCACCGCCCUCGUCUCCGACCACGGCCUAGCCCCCCUCGCCAGCGCCGUCGCCUCCCCCUUCUCCGGCCGCCUCUCAGGCUACCGGGCCCCGGAAGUCACCGAUUCCCACCGGAUCUCCCAGAAGGCCGACGUCUACAGCUUCGGCGUCCUCCUCCUCGAGCUUCUCACCGGCAAGGCCCCUGCGCAGGCGCUGCUCAACGAAGAAGCCGUCGAUCUCCCCCGCUGGGUGCAGUCCGUCGUUAAGGAGGAGUGGGCCUCCGAGGUCUUCGACCCAGAGCUUCUCCGAUACCAGGACGUGGAGGACGAGAUGGUCCAGCUCCUCCAGCUCGCCAUUGACUGUACCGCCCAGUACCCCGAUAAGCGCCCCGCCAUGCCGGAGAUAGUUUCCCGCAUCGAGCAGAUCCACCGCUCCAGCUCCCGUUCUGACGACCAGCAGAAGGUAUAG